AAAAAUAACAGUGGUACAAAAAUAAUUUUUUUUUUUAAAAUUACAACAAAGUAAUAGCCAAGACAAUAGUAAAACACACAGCAAAUAAUAUUAUAUAAUAAAUAAUAAUAGAAUAGUUUGUUAUAAUUUUUUCAUUGUUUUUUUUACCUUUUUAUAAAUUUUUAAAUAUUUUUGAUCGUUUCAAAAAAAAAAGAAAAAAAAGAAAGAAAAAAAAAAAAAAAGAAAAAAUAAUAAUUUUAUUAUUAUAAAAGUAAAAACUCUAUAGUUUUUAUUAUAAAUAAAUAAUAAUUAUAAUAUAUUUUUCUUUUUAUUUAAAAAAAAUAAAAAAAUAAAAUAAAAAAAAAAUAUCUUUAUUUUUUUUAAAAAUAUAUAAUUUAAAAAAAAAAAAGAAAUAAUUUAAACAUUUUUAUAAAAAAUAGUAAUAACUAUAGCAUUAAAAAUAAAGAUAAUAAUCAUAAAUAAUAAAUCGCAAUAACGAAUAGCAUUAUUAAUAGAUUGUAAAUAAUAAAAAUGUUUAAAUUAUUUUCACUUAGAAGUUUUAUAGUGUAUGCCAAUUUCUUAUUUUUACCGGUAGCAUUAUGUUGUCUUUGGUUGUUAUUACCAGUAAAGUCGUAUGUAGCAUUUUCAGGCACUAGUAUGGUAUAUUACGUUGUGAUGUUUUUCACAUGGAUUUCAUUUUAUGAUCUAAAUUUACCAGGAUGCAGCAAGUUAAUGAUUACAGCAUUUUUCCUAGUUUUUAUUGGUAUUUCAAUUGGUUGGCUCAAAGUAGUUACAAAAAUAGAUGUGCAAACAAAUCGUUUAUCCUAUUCAUUCAUCGAUGGUAUAACAUUCCUUUUAUGCACAAUCUGUUAUUUCAUCUAUAUCGCAUACUACAAAUUAAAGAAGAAUUUUAUUGACGACAAAGAAGAGAUUUACGAUUCAGAGGGCCAUAGAAGAACUAAAAGAAAAUCAAAAUCGUGGACUAAAAGGAUUUCAAGGAUUAUGUGUUACUAUAGAUUAAUCGAUAUGGAUGAAGAAGAUGCCCUUAAACAAAUCGAUCGUGAAAGAUCACUCAGAGAUAGUAGUAAUGGCGGUCCACGUUCAAUAGAUGUAUCAGGUGAAAAUUUUAAAACCAAUGGUAGAAAUGACAACGAGGCACAAGAUGAUAUGAAUGUUGGUGCCAUCGAGAUGAACACUUUCCAAGACCUUUCAAAUAGUCAAGAGAAACCAUCAAAUCCAGCACACUCAUUCCUCAGUUCAAGUGCCUUCAAAGAAACCUUAAAAACUGAUAAGCAAGGUAAUCUUCAAGAUAGUUCAUUUAAAACUAGAACCAAAACAAUCACUGCUGAAAAUUAUACAUUACGUCCAAAAUAUGAAAUAUCCUAUAGAAAUUAUUUAUCAGUAGUAUUCUAUCAACUUUUUGUUAUUGGCACUUGGUUUUGGUUACAUAAUUUCGAAUUAUUCAUUCGUGAAUACAAUUAUUUUAGAACUCCAUUCCUUGCUUUGUUUUCCAUUGUUGUUUUCCAAGCCAGUCGUAUUGUUUUGAUGGGUAUUUCAAAUGGUCUCAAUCGUUUAUUAAAACCAACUGAAAUCAAGUAUUUUACACUCUUCCAAUUUCCAUUAAUGUUUUUCCUUUAUUAUAGAAAUUUGUUUUUAAAUACAAAUAAUUGGGGUAUUACCGUUUUAAUUAGUUUUGUUAUCUUUUUAAUCGAUGUGGUUUAUUACCCAUUACAUAUGACUAAAAAGUUUUGGUUAUUUAGACACAACACAUUGGUUUCAUAUUUAGAUAAAAAAGCAACUACCUCCAAAAUCUUUAGAAUUGCAAGAAAAAUGUUGGCUGAUGAAAAUCCAUCAUACGAUAAACAUAUUAUGAAUCUUUCAGUAGAGUAUUAUUACGAUAAAAUGGCCGAAUACAUAUCGUUGGUUACUAUGAUUGCUUUCCUUUCGUUAAUUAGAGGUUUAAAAUGGAAAAGAGAAAAUUACACCGCUUUUAAUCAAUUAACCGAUGCCAAUUACCAUCAAUUGCUUUAUAGAUACCUUUACCUUUUAGGCUUUGAAUUUGCUUACGAUUUAGCUAUUCGUUUCGUAUCACGUAAAUAUCUUAAAAUCGAUAUUUCUAAUCGUGGUCGUAAUGAAACCAUUUCAAAUUAUUGCACUAGAUUUAUUUUCAGUUUAUUUGUUUUAUAUGAUUUAAUGGAUGUUUACAAUAUUCAAUUAAAAUAUCUUGGUGAUUAAUAGCCGAACUCUAAUUUUAUAUAUUAAUAAUAAUUAUAAAUAUUAGUAUUAAAUAAUAGUAAUAGUUAUAGUAAUAAUAAUAAAUAAUAAUAAUAAUUAUAUAAUAUAAUAGAUAAUAAUAAUAUAUAAAAUAAUAAUAAUAGUAAUUUAAAUAAUAUUUAUUUAAAUAAUAGUAACUGCAUUAGUAUUGGUAUUAAAAUAUUAAUAUUAUUUCUUUAGGUAAAAUGGUAUAUUUAUAAUAUAAAUAAAUAGCUAAUAGAUAUUACAAAUAAAUAUAACUAUAUCUUUUUUCCAAACAAUCU